UUCACUCUGGAAUGUCAUGUUUGUCCAUUGUUGUUUUAAUUGUAUUAAUGAAUAAAAAUUAAAAAAAAAAAAGAAAAAAAAAAAAGAACUCAUCAAAACAUAUCUUUACAAAAUACUUUAAACCUGGUGAUCAAAUGAGGCAGAACACAAAACUGUUUACCACAGAAACCGAUAGAAAUAAACAAAGACUAUGCCUUCCAAAUUGAUCAGAGAGAGGACUGCGGAUUAGAGGAUACCUUUCUGGAAAGAUGACCUAUUCCCACAUUGCAUACAGAUAUAAUUCAGUGUAAACAAUAUUCUGCCCUUCUUAGUUUGAAACUGAUUGUAAUAACAUGUAAUCAUAUUUUUAUUUGUCUGUUCCUAACAGAUCUUGAAAAUUUCAAAACCAGGACGAGGAGUACAGUUUCAGUCCGACAAGGACAAGGAAUGGUGCUGCUUUGUGGACCACCACCACAUUCUGGAGAAUUGAUCUAUGCCUGGAUUUUCAAUGAAUAUCCAACUUUUGUGCACCAGGAUAAUCGCCGCUUUGUUUCUCAAGAAACUGGGAACUUAUACAUAGCUAAAGUAGAGAAAUCUGAUGUGGGAAAUUAUACGUGUGUCGUGACAAACUCUGUAACCAAUACCAGAGCGCAAGGGCCUCCAACGCCUUUAAUCCUGAGAAAUGAUGGAGUGAUGGGUGAAUAUGAGCCAAAAAUCGAAGUGCAGUUCCCAGAAACGGUGCCAUCUGCCAAAGGAACAACUGUGAGGCUGGAGUGUUUUGCACUGGGAAACCCAGUUCCUACAAUCAGCUGGAGAAGAACAGAUGGAAAGCAAAUCCCCAAAAAAGCUCGGAGACACAAAUCAAGCAGCAUUCUUGAAAUUCCCAACUUUCAGCAGGAAGAUGCUGGCAUGUAUGAAUGCCUAGCUGAAAAUGUGAGAGGAAGGAACGUGGCCAGGGGCCAACUUACAUUUUAUGCUCCUCCCAACUGGAUUCUGAAAAUAAGUGAUGUUCAGGUGGCUAUAGAAGAAAGUAUCUACUGGGAAUGUAAGGCAAAUGGCAGACCAAAGCCUUCUUAUAGCUGGCUGAAGGAUGGUGAACUUCUUCUCCCUCAGGAAAGACUUCAAAUAGAACAUGGAACACUUACCAUUCCCAGUGUGAAUCUCUCCGACACUGGGAUGUAUCAGUGUGUAGCAGAAAAUAGAUAUGGAAUCAUCUAUGUCAGUGCAGAAUUGAGCGUAAUUGCUGUGGGUCCAGAUUUCUCCAAAACCUUCUUAAAAAAAAUAACUUUUGUUAAAGUUGGUAGUGAUGCAACCAUUGAAUGUAAGCCUAAAGCUUCUCCAAGGCCAACUUUUACUUGGAAGAAAGGAAAAGAGAUCAUAAAGGAAAGUGAGAGACAUACUAUUUUGGAAGAUGGAACUCUAAAAAUAGUCAAUGUUACCAAAGCAGAUGCUGGGAGUUACACUUGUAUAGCAACAAAUCAUUUUGGCAUAGCCAGCAGCACUGGAAACCUGAUAGUGAAAGAUCCAACGCGAUUUGUAGUGGCACCUACUAGCAUGGAUGUCACUGCUGGUGAAAGUAUUCUUCUGCCUUGCCAAGUAUCUCAUGAUCAUCCACUAGACAUUGUUUUUACUUGGUCAUUUAAUGGGCGUCUGAUAGACUUUGAAAAUGAUGGAGAUCACUUUGAAAGAGUUGGAGGGCAGGAUUCAGCUGGUGAUUUGAUGAUCAGAAGCAUCCAGCUGAAUCAUGCUGGAAAAUACGUCUGCAUGGUGCAAACAAGCGUGGACAAACUAUCAGCUGCUGCAGACCUGAUUGUAAGAGAGAUUUCCCAUCUAUUUCCUGAGGAAUGGAAGACCUCCAGAAUGUGGGAUAUGGGGAAAAGGAAUGUAAAAAAACAAAAACAAGGUCCCCCAGGUCCUCCUGAAGCUGUGACAAUUGAUGAGAUAACAGACACUACAGCUCAGGUUUCUUGGAGACCAGGAGCAGAUAAUCGCAGUCCCAUUACAACAUACGUUAUUCAAGCAAGGACCCCGUUUUCUGUUGGAUGGCAAGGAGUAAAUACAGUGCCUGAUGUCAUUGAUGGAAAUACGUUUACAGCAACGGUGGUAGGCUUGAACCCAUGGGUUGAAUAUGAAUUCCGAAUAGUAGCUGCCAGCCUUAUUGGAAUUGGGGAGCCAAGCAAACCAUCAGAGAAACGAAGAACUGAAGAAGCUCUUCCUGAAGUCACACCAGCCAAUGUCAGUGGAGGUGGUGGUACUAAAUCUGAAUUAGUUAUAAUAUGGGAGACAGUGCCAGAAGAGUUACAGAAUGGAGGAGGCUUUGGCUAUGUUGUUGCCUUCCGCCCAGUUGGUACAAUAAGCUGGAUGCAGACAGUAGUGGUUUCACCAGAUGCCUCCAAAUACGUCUUUCGGAAUGAGAGUUUACCUCCAUUUUCUCCUUACGAAGUUAAAGUUGGAGUAUACAACAACAAAGGAGAAGGUCCUUUCAGCCCUGUCACGGUUGUUUAUUCAGCUGAUGAAGAACCCACCAGAGUUCCCACCAAUGUCUUUGCCAAAAGCCUUUCUGCUUCAGAUAUAGAAGUCUUUUGGUCUUUGCUGCCACAGAUCCAGCGCAAAGGAAGCAUACAGGGCUAUGAGGUUAGAUAUUGGAAACAUGGAGAUAAAGAAGAGCAGGCUGGAAGAAUGAAAACUAUGACCAAUCAGACUUUUGCAAAAAUCACCAACUUGAAGAGCGGUGCUUUAUACCACUUGGCUGUCAAAGCUUACAACACAGCAGGGAUGGGACCAUCCAGCGCUAUAGUCAAUGUGACAACCAAAAAGCCACCUCCAAGUCAGCCUCCUGGAAACAUUAUAUGGAAUUCAUCAGAUUCUAAGAUUAUACUGAACUGGGAUCAAGUUAAAGCACAGAAUAAUGAAUCUGAAGUGAAAGGAUACAAAGUGUUCUAUAGAUGGAAUAGACAAAACAGUAUGUCUAUUAUAGAGACAAACAAAACAUCUGUGGAGCUUUCAUUGCCCUUUGAUGAAGAUUAUAUCAUAGAAAUAAAGCCAAUCAGUGAUGGAGGGGAUGGCAACAGUAGUGAACAGAUUCGAAUUCCAAAGAUAACAAAUGCAUAUGCGAGAGGGUCAGGAGCUUCAACUUCAAAUGCUUGUACGUUGUCAGCCAUCAGCACAAUAAUGAUUUCCCUCACAGCGAGAUCAAGUUUAUGACAAAAAAUACUGAAAGGACUUCCUGUUUAUAAUAUAACUAAGCAACAUUUAGCUAGUUGUUUUGAAGCCACCCAGUACUAAGUAAUAUUGUUGUUCAAGUACAUCUUACUACUGGGGAAAAAAUGUUUUAUGCUUCUCUAGGAAUGGCAUUAUACAGUACUUCCUCAAAGCAAAUAUAUCUUUGUCUGAAGUUUCCUUGGAAACUCUGCAAUGCACUGAAAACAUCUGUAAUACGAUGUUACCAAAGCAGUUUACAUAUGUCCUUAUAUGCAUAUUUUUAUUAUAUAUUUAGUGUUUUAUAGACUUUUUUAAAGUUAAUAUAUGAUGUAGAUAUUGAUUUCUUUUCCCCUCUGCUAUGAAAUGCUAUUGAUGACAUUAUCAUUGCAUAAAUAUAUAGUUUGGAAUGUUUCAGGCCAGAUGGCCAUAAUUGUCAGUAACUGAUUUCAAAUUGAUUGUAUAGGUUGACAAGAAUGCACAAUGAAUUCUUUUACCUUCA